UAGUGUGUCGUAGGGGUAUGCAGCAUCAGUGUUUCUUUAUGGGAGGAGCGGUGCAACUUCCCCACUUCUGCCCCCACUAUGCACUUUUUACAUCCCUGCUUACGUUUGGCUGGCAUAGCCUAAUUUCCGCAUUCCCAAAUCCUCCCAGAUUUGGAGCACAUUUAAAAAUCGAGCUGAUGCAACGAUUUCCACUUUUUAAAAUCUACUCUCGACCCUCAGCUGACCAGAAGAAAGGACAUUUGUUGCACCUGGGAUCAAAGUCAGCUGUGGUCACACCUCAGUCUGACACAAUGCCAGGACAAAUCCCAGAUCCUUCUGUGACAGCAGGCUCUCUGCCCAGCCUCGGCCCACUGGCUGGGAUCUCAGCCACCACACUGACAGACAAGCUCAAGUAUGGUGACCUCCAGGAGUUUGGGACUUUUUUUUCUCCUAUGCACAUCUUGGGCAGCCUUGGAAAGAGACCCAUAGUCAUCAAAUCAGAACGAGAUGAGGAAGAAGAACGAAGAAAAAGGCGACGAGAAAAAAACAAAGUAGCAGCCGCUCGAUGUCGAAACAAAAAGAAGGAAAGAACAGAUUAUCUACAAAAAGAAUCUGAGAGACUAGAGAUGCUAAACUCAGAAUUGAAAGCCCAGAUUGAGGAGCUGAAACUGGAACGACAGCAGCUGAUUCUAAUGUUGAACCGCCACCGUCCAACAUGUAUAGUGAGGACAGACAGUGUGAAAACUCCAGAGAGCGAGGUGAAUCCUAUACUGCAGCAGCUGGAGGCCAAGUGAACAUUUACAGAGGGAAGGAAGAGCCAAACACCAGCACUUAGCUUCGGGCCAUAUAAGAACUACACAAGCACUUAUAAAUGGAUCCAAAGAGUUUAUACUGACUGACUGGACAAGUUUAAGCUUUCUGUAAUCUGCCUUGAUAUUGAGUGGGUGAGCCGCAUAAAGACGAAACAAAUUGGGCUGUACUUUUAAAAAUAUGUUACCUUGACAACUAAUUGAUGCAGAAAUACCAUACAAGGAAACUUUGGCUUCUUUUGAACCUUGCACAUGAGAGUAUUAACCUUUCAUCUUGUUUGUUUAAAAAAAAAAAAAAAAAAAGGAAGAAA